GGCAAGGUCGACAGCAGCUCGCCGCCAACCAAUAGGCCGAGCCCUCGGACCCGCCAGCCUCGCGGCAUUUAUUUGCCGAAAGCUAAAGCAAAAGCGGAAGAAUGUCGACGAUCACCAAGGAGCAGCACGACGAACUGUGCGUGGCGUACGCCUCCAUGAUCCUCUUCGAUGCGGAGCACGAGAUCACGUCCGACUCGAUCCAGCAGGUCGUGAACGCUUCGGGCAACGAGGUGGAGCCCUACUGGCCCACGCUCUUCGCCUCGCUUCUGUCGAAGGAGGGCAAGGUUCUGGAGCUCAUCUCCACGGGCGGAGCCGCCGCUGGCGGUGCCGCUGCCGCCCCGGGCGCUGCUGCUGGCGCCGCUGGCGCUGAGGAGGAGAAGGUUGAGGAGAAGGCCAAGGAAGAGGAAGAGGAGGCUGACCUGGGCGGCGGCAUGGACAUGUUCGGCGGCGACGAGGACUACUAAGCUAAGCUGUGCUUUAGGAAGCGCUGCGACUAGACUCUGCCAGCCGUUUGUGACCGUCUGAUUCCGCUUUAAUUCCGUAAUGGACUCGCGCGUAUAUUCUUCCGGUGAAAUCAAAGGCUUCAAGCAAGCGUCUUCGUUCUAUCUGCUACUGCGUCGUGUGUUUUCGGCUGCGGGUCUUCGUAGGCCUCAUUCUCAUCGUCUGCAGAAGGAUUCGAAUACAGGUGGCAGGCUUUUAAACAGGUCGACAGGUUGAAGUGGAGAGGCAGGCGCACAGGUCGGAACAGUAGCAAGUGAGAAAGCAACCAUGCACUGUGCAAACUCUGGCUGCAGUGUCUGCCAUGAUGCAUCUCGGCAUCCCGGACACAGUCGUUACGAGUAUCGCGUUGGCUUGCCCUAUAUUCUUCGAAAUCCUGGUACUUGUAGUAGUACUUCGUAGCAUUUCGUAGCAUAUCUCUUCCCCUGCAAGGUUUCCCGCGUUUUGGUUAGACUGCUAUCUGUUGAGCACUGACAGCUUAUCGUUGCUGAAACUCUGCACCUUGUUUCUGCAUUUCGAAACUUGAACAUGUAUGCUGUCAUGGAUUCGAUACAGUGUACAGUAGUGUAGUGAGUCGUAAUGAAUACAUGUG